AUGGCAGCUCCAAAAGACGAACGCAUAGCCGUACCCAUAGACGAUCCAAAUGCCGACACUGAAUGGAACGACAUCCUCCGCAAACACGGCGUAAUCCCUGAGAAACCACCUUCUCCCACCCCCCUAAUCGAAGAAGCGAUUCUCGAAGGACGACGCCUAGCCCACGAGAACCGGUUAGAAGGUAAAGACCUCGACGAGCUCGACGCCCUGGAAGAUCUGGAGGACGAGAAUUUUUUAGAACAGUAUAGACAACAACGAGUCCAAGAGCUAGCAAAUCUCACCAAGAAAGCGGUUCACGGCACCGUGUACCCGAUCUCGAAACCCGAUUUCGUGCACGAGGUUACGGAUGCGAGUAAGAAUGGGCCGGUGUUGGUUAAUUUGACCAGUGGACUGGGCACGAAUGUCGAGAGUAGGGUGUUGACGGAGCUGUGGAGACGGGCAGCGAGGGAGUAUGGAGAGAUUAAGUUUUGUGAGAUUAGGGGUGAUAUGGCGAUCGAAGGGUACCCGGAUCGGAAUUGCCCGACGAUAUUGGUGUAUGAUAAGGGGGAUAUUGUGAAGCAGAUUGUGACGCUGAUGACGAUGGGGGGUGUGAGGGUGGGAAUGGAGGAGAUUGAGGCGUUGCUGGUGGAGAUUGGGGCGGUGAGGGAUAAUGAUAUGAGGAUUCUGAAGAGGAGGAAGGAGAAAGAGGGUGCGGAGGAGGAGAGAAGGGAGCAUGGUGGGAUCCGGUCGAGUAAGGCGACCGUGGAAGAGGAUGAUGAUGAUUGGGAUUAG